GUCGCGACGGGAGGGGUGGCAACGGAAGGCAGGAAAGAUGGUGCUCUCGCUGGCCACCACCUCCCUCAAGACCGUCGGCAUCUGCCUGUGCUCGCCGCACUGCCUGGACACGCCGGGCCGCGGGGCCGCGCACGCAGAGCACGCUCACGGCCGGGCCUUCCGCGCCUACUCCAGGCUGUGCACCGUCCUGGCGGCAUUGCUCACGCUCGCGUCCCUGUUCACGCUCUGCGUCGACUCGGCCGACUUCGAGGUUGCAGGAGGUGACAGACGGCUUCAUCAACUUCUGCUCGCUCUACACGACCUGGGUGUACAUCCGCGUGUGGCGCGGCCGCGGCGCCGACCUGCACCGCCUGCUCACCGCCCACCAGCGCUUCCUGGACCGCUACAAGCGCAUGUGGCGGCGCGACGCCGAGCAGAGCCGAUUCCUGCACGCCAUGGUCUGCUGCACUUCCGGCUCGACAUGAUGUUCACGAUGAGCCUGCUGUGCACCAUCCUGGGCCUGGUGGCGCUCGUCAUCCUGCAGUCGUGUGUGUCGCUCGUGCCACCACUGCCGCCCGUGCCGCGCCUCAUCUACGCGCCGCCGCCCGCCGAGGGCGAGCUGGACCCGCUGGCCGGCUCCAGGACCCUGCGCUUCGCGCUCGUCCUGCUGUUCCAGAGCCCCGCGCUCGUCUGCUGCGGCAUCCCGUUCGCCGCCCUGUCCGCCAUCCACUUCGCACUCAACACGCACGGCAUCUACCUCAUGCGGUGCCUGAAGCGAUCGCUCGAACUGGCGGGCGACGACCUCGAGGGAAGGUGGAGGCGGCCCUGGGGAAGUCGCAGCCCAGUGGACGUGAUCGUCAAGCAGCACCAGCACAUCCUGGAUAUGCUGCACACUAACAACAACAUAUUCGCGAGGCCCAUCACCGAGCGCCUGGCCAUUACAUACAUCCUGCUGGGGCUCACGGCGUACUGCCUGUCCACGAACCCCCUGGGUGACGUCAAGGUCCCCAUCAUCGCCUUCUUCAUGAUCGUCAGCCUCCUCUUAAUGGCCGUCCUCAGCGACCUGCUCAAAGACGAGUGCGGGUCCGUGCAGGAGGCCGUGUGGCGGUGCGAGUGGGAGACGGCGGGGCGGCAGGCGCACAAGAAGCUCAUCCUGCUGACGGCCAGGGUGCAGCGAUACAGCCUGGACGGCCUGGCCGCGGCCGGGCUGCAGGAGCGCAUCAGCAUGACCACCUUCGCGCAGGUCAUGAAGUCGUCGGUGUCCUUCCUGCAAGCGCUGAGGAACUUCCACUAGCGCGGCGCCGCCGCCAGAGGAGCCGCCAGGGUCGAGUAGAAAAGAGAUUCACUGUUUCUAAAAGCAGAUGAUACCUUAAAACACUUAACAUAAAUAUACAUAGGUAAUAUUAA